UCCCUAUUUCUCCCUAGCUGUCUUGCACUCUGUUCUCUAUCUCACUUUGUCCUUUUUAAAAGAAAAAUGUCUAUUCCAGCCAUAAAUCAGAAGGUUGUACUGAUCACUGGUUGUUCUUCUGGCAUUGGAUUGGCACUAGCUGUUCGCAUUGCAAAAGAUGAGAAGAAGAGAUUCAUGGUAUAUGCCACCAUGAGGAACCUGGGUAAAGGGGCAGCUCUCGUAGAGGCAGCAGGUCGUACUUUGGGCCGCACUUUGGAGAUCAAGCAGCUUGAUGUGUGUGAUGAAACAUCUAUCAAAGCCUGCGUGGACAGUCUGCCCAUGCGCAGGGUCGACAUUCUCAUCAGUAAUGCAGGAUUAGGAUUGAUUGGCCCGAUUGAAUGUCAGUCCAUUGAUGAGAUGAAAACUGUAAUGGACACCAACUUCUUUGGGCUUGUGCGACUUCUGAAAGAGGUUCUGCCUGAUAUGAAGAAGAGAAAAAGUGGCCACAUAGUGGUCAUGAGCAGUGUGAUGGGAAUUCAGGGUAUAUUGUUUAAUGACAUUUAUGCUGCAUCAAAAUUUGCUGUCGAAGGAUUCUGUGAGAGCCUAGCAGUUCAGGCACUAAGAUUCAACCUAAAUAUAAGCCUAAUUGAACCUGGACCAGUUAUCACAGAGUUUGAGCGCAAAGUGUAUGAGGAAUGCUUGAAGAUAGACCUCUCCAAAGCUGAUAAAGUGACUGCCGACAUGUUUACCAACAUCUACUUGAAGAAUUACAGCCAGAUAUUUGAGACUCUUGGACAAACACCAGAGGAUAUUGCAGAGCACACAUACAAAAUCAUUACCAUGGAGAAUCCACCAUUUCGUCAUCAGACCAACACUCUGUACACACCAAUGACCACCCUGAAAUAUGCUGAUCCAAAUGGUGACCUUCCCAUUGAAACCUUCUACAAGAUGGUAUUUGAACAUGACAAGGUUUUCAAUGCCAGUCUCAAUUUCCUCAAGCUCCUACGCUGGAGAAGCCGCAAGAGCUUUACUAUUGAGAAAGACAAGACUGCAUCCUAGAAUAUUCUCCUAGAAUGAACAUAAAAAAGUAAUCUGUUUUCCUUGUACUGAAAAAGAAAUGUAAAAAAUGUCCUUUAAGGGAACUCAACAUCGGCAUCAUGGUGUAAAUUUUAUGGAAAUGCUUCGGGCACACACCAGUGUCUAAAGUAUGUGAGAAAUAAGACCUAUUUGUAGGCUAUUUUAAGUCAAGGUGAUCAAUGGUAUUGAGAACCAAAUAAA